AUGUUAAAGAGAGGAACACUUGCUGCAUAAACUAUUAUUAAUAAAAUGCGUAUUGGAAAUCCUGAAAGAUCUUCCAAUAUAUGUAGAUUACCAAUUGAUUAAAUAAUUGAGUUUCAAUAGAAAAUGAUUAAUAAAGAUGGAGUCUAUCUUGAUUAAAAUGUAUAAUACAAUCAUUUAUAUUUAGAUUAAAUUUUUAUUUUAUUUAGGAGGUAACUAAUUAGGAGAUUGUAUAAUAAAUUUAGCAUACUUCCUUAAUUGUGAAACUGAUCAAGAAUAAAAAGUCAAAAAGCCAUUAACAUCAACAACAGACAAACGUGCUGCCUUAUUCUAUCGACUAAUGAGACAACCAUUACAAUCAUAAUUUGAAUCUUAGGAAUUACCUCAAAUUAAUAUCCCAACGCCUGCUCCUACACAUACUACCAUUCAUUAAUAAGUUCCAUAAACUGCUAGAAAUUCUAAUACUCGUAAAAUGGAAUUUCCAAAUAGAACUACUAGAGCAAGAAGUUAAUCUCCUCCUAAAGAAUUCAAAAGUCUUGUACUUGUUACCAAAAUAGAUGAAUAAGCUAAUCAAUAAUAGAUACCCAAAUAACCAUCAGACAAUCUUACCUAAAAAUUCAUGUAACUUGGUGAGAAGUUUUCAUAAGAAAAGUUAACAUAAGUUCUUCCUACUCCAUAAAUUGAAGAUAAUGACAAUUUUAGAGAAAUCACUGAAAUGAUUACUUAAUAAGAAGAAGAGUUAUAAAAAUAAAUAGAACAAUUAGAUAAUCAUAUCAAAAUUGAUUCUAAAUUCAGAAAACCAUAACUUGAUAAUAAUAUACCCACUUUUUCUAAUUCUAAUCAUAAUAAUCAAGAACUAUCAUUUUGGAAACAAAAAUAUGAUGAACUUCAAGAAAACUAUAAUAGAGCUAUCGAAGAACAUUAACACUUAAAAAGAAUCAUUAGACAAAGUGGUGAAUAACUUAAAAAAUAAAAUUAACUUACAUAAUCAUAAUCAGGAUAUAAAUAACUCUCUGAAAACCCUCUUAAUCAAUCAACAAUCUCAAAUUAAGAAUAAUAUGAAAGAACUAUUGAAAAAAAAAAUCAAAUCAUCAAAGAUUUAUCAUUUUAAUUAUUAGAAUUAGAAAAAAAUUCUAAAGCUACUCUUAUUGAACAAUUAAAAAAUCAAAUUGCCAGAUUAGAAUUACAAACAACAGAAAAAGAAGAAUAAUGGUCAAAUCAAGAAAAAAUUUAUAAAGAGAAGAUUUUUUAAUUGUUAUAAAAUACAGAAUGA